CCAGUGCCCACAGGCUGUCCAGGCUGUCACCGCGAGGAGUAUGGGGCUCUGAUGGCCAUGGACGGCUACAGGGGCUUCUUGGGGCUGCUGGUGUCGGCGCUGCUCGUCGGCUUCCUGUGUGUGCUCUUCACCCUCAUCUGGGUCCUCCACUACCGGGAGGGGCUCGGCUGGGACGGCAGCGCUCUCGAGUUCAACUGGCACCCGGUGCUCGCGGUGACCGGCUUCGUCUUCGUCCAGGGCAUCGCCAUCAUCGUAUACAGACUACCAUGGACCUGGAAAUGCAGCAAACUCCUGAUGAAAUCCAUACAUGCAGGGUUAAACACCGUGGCAGCCAUCUUUGCCAUCAUUUCUGUGGUAGCCGUGUUUGAUAACCACAAUGCCAAGAACGUCCCCCAUAUGUACAGCCUGCACAGCUGGGUUGGACUGACAGCUCUCAUACUAUAUGUCUUACAGCUUGUCCUAGGUUUCUUCAUCUUUCUGCUUCCUUGGGCUUCACUUUCUCUGCGAGCGCUGGUCAUGCCCAUACAUGUUUAUUCUGGACUCCUCCUCUUUGGAACGGUGAUUGCAACAGUCCUUAUGGGAGUGACAGAGAAACUGUUUUUUGCUCUGAAAAACCCUUCAUACCAUACAUUCCCACCAGAAGGUGUUUUUACAAAUACCCUUGGUCUUCUGAUUGUGGUGUUUGGAGCCCUCAUUUUUUGGAUUGCCACUAGACCACAGUGGAAACGUCCAAAGGAACCAGAUUCUAUCCUGUUUCAGCCAAAUGGAGGCCCUGCGGAUGGAAUGGAAGGUGCCAUCGCCAUAAGCUCUGGCAACAACAUGGACAAAUCUGAUUCGGAGCUAAACAGUGAGGUAGCAGCCAGGAAAAGAAAUCUGGGCCUUGAUGAGGCUGGCCAGAGGUCCACAAUGUAAAAUGUUAAGAAGAUAUAGCCAUGUAACCAGCUCUAAUGUUUAGCUUCUUUUUAGUCAUAGAUGAUUGAAUUACAAUGUCAAUAGUUGUUGUAAUCAUCAAGGAUGAGUUCUUGGGUGUGUAUUCAUUGAGGCCUAGGAAUGGACUGAAAAGGAUAUGAUCAAUAUGAAAAUGAUAGCAGACAUUAAUUGUGUUUCUUACCUCUUUUGUGAUUAAAGCAUUAGCACAAUACCUUGCAUAGAAUAGGUGAACAAAAGCUGUCUUCUGAUAGUUGAUUUGAUAGACUGGCAACAUCGCUGGCCUUGUGUCAUGCGAUCAUUUCUUGUUAGUUCUGGGAGCCCAGAAAUUUCAAAACUAGGUAGAAUCAAUCCUUACGGUUUGAAAUUACCUCAGGAAUACCUGGGGUUGGGUUUCGACCUUUGGGCUUCAAGAUAGCAUGACUGGAGUAUAGAGAAAACCUUAAGGAAAAUAAGGUCCCUUCGCUCUCUAAUGGUCUGUUCCCUUUCCAUCUGGUUUGGGCUCAGAUGGGCUAUAGAUAUGAGGGUUUCUAUAUUGGAGUAUUUGGGAACAGUCGCUGGGCCAGAAGUAGCUGAAGCGAUUUCUCUGGUUAGCCCAGCUUAAUCCCAAGACUCCCGUGGGUUGGUGUGUUUUAUGGUCCACUUUCUAAAGCUCUUAAAAUGAAAAUGAAUUGCUCAAAGAACUCUCAAAUGCCUCUUAAGAUUUCCUAAGUUUCUCUUUUUAUUCUUUUAAGUACUUCCCUGAUACUCACUAUAUACCAUUCUCCUGAGCACCUUUUUUUUUUUCCCCGUGGGGCCUGAACUCUGGGCCUGGGCGCUGUCCCUCAGC